GGCCGGGGCUUACAGUGGCGGGAGUUGGAGGCAAUAACUCGUCGUGUUCUGAAGGGCGCAAGAGACGGUUUCUGCUGCAUCGGGGGGCUUUUCCGCGGCUUUUCCUUCACUUGAGCCUUUCCCUCCGGCCCAGAUGCUCUUCAGUUCGGUGCUCCGCCAGCCCCAAUUUGGCGUCCCAAGGAGUGGAUGGUCUUCACAAUACCCUCUGCAGUCCCUUCUAACUGAUUAUCAGUGCAACUACAAUGAUGAGCACACUUCUUAUGGAGAAACAGGGGUCCCAGUUCCUCCUUUUGGAUGUACCUUCUCUUCCGCUCCCAGUAUGGAGCAUAUACUAGCAGUUGCCAAUGAAGAAGGCUUUGUUAGGUUAUACAACACAGAAUCACAAACCGGUAGAAAGAAGUGCAUCAAAGAAUGGAUGGCUCACUGGAAUGCUGUCUUUGACCUGGCCUGGGUCCCUGGUGAACUUAAGCUUGUUACAGCAGCAGGUGAUCAAACAGCCAAAUUUUGGGAUGUGAAAGCUGGUGAGCUGAUGGGAACAUGCAAAGGUCAUCAGUGCAGCCUCAAGUCAGUUGCCUUUUCUAAGUUUGAGAAAGCUGUCUUUUGUACAGGUGGAAGAGAUGGCAACAUUAUGGUCUGGGACACCAGGUGCAACAAAAAGGAUGGAUUUUAUAGGCAAGUGAAUCAAAUCAGUGGAGCUCACAAUACCUUAGACAAGCAAACCCCUUCAAAACCUAAGAAGAAACAGAAUUCAAAAGGGCUUGCUCCUUCUGUGGAUUCCCAGCAGAGUGUUACUGUGGUCCUCUUUCAAGAUGAAAAUACAUUAGUCUCAGCAGGAGCCGUGGAUGGGGUAAUUAAAAUAUGGGAUUUACGUAAGAAUUAUACUGCUUAUCGACAAGAGCCCAUAGCAUCCAAGUGUUUCCCGUACCCAGGUAGCAGCACCAGAAAACUAGGGUACUCAAGUCUGAUUUUGGAUUCCACUGGCUCUACUUUAUUUGCUAAUUGCACAGAUGACAACAUCUACAUGUUCAAUAUGACUGGAUUAAAGACUUCUCCAGUGGCCAUCUUCAAUGGACAUCAGAACUCUACCUUUUAUGUUAAGUCCAGUAUUAGUCCAGAUGACCAGUUUUUAGUCAGCGGCUCAAGUGAUGAAGCUGCCUAUAUCUGGAAGGUCUCCACACCCUGGCAUCCUCCUACUGUGCUCCUGGGUCAUUCGCAAGAGGUCACAUCUGUGUGCUGGUGUCCAUCAGACUUCACAAAGAUUGCUACCUGCUCUGAUGACAACACACUGAAAGUCUGGCGCUUGAAUAGAGGCUUAGAGGAGAAGUCAGGAGGAGAUAAACUCUCCAUAGUAGGCUGGGCCUCUCAGAGGAAAAGAGAGGCAAGAGCCGACCUAGUGACAGUGACAAGUAGCCAGAGUACUCCUGCCAAAGCUCCUCGAGUAAAGAGUAGUCCGUCCAUUUCCUCCCCAUCAUCGGCAGCUUGUGCUCCGAGCUGCGGAGACCUCCCUCUUCCGUCAAAUACCCCCACAUUCUCUCUUAAAACCCCUCCUGCCAAGACCCGAUCUCCCAUCAGCAGAAGAGGCUCUGUCUCCUCUGUCUCUCCCAAGCCACCCUCAUCUUUCAAGAUGUCCAUUAGAAACUGGGUGACUCGAACACCUUCCUUAUCACCACCCAUCACUCCACCAGCUUCUGAGACCAAGAUCACGUCUCCAAGAAAAGCUCUCAUACCUGUGAGUCUGAAAUCCUCCCAAGCAAUGUCUUGCUCUGAGUCUAGAAAUAGAGUCAAGAGGAGGCUAGACUCAAGUUGCCUGGAGAACGUGAAGCAAAAGUGUGUAAAGAGUUGCAGCUGUGUGACUGAGCUUGAUGACCCAGUUGAAAAGCUCCAUUUGGAUCUGUGCUGCCUUGCUGGGAACCAGGAAGACCUUGCUAAGGACUCUCUGGGUCCUACCAAACCCAGCAAGGCUGAAGGAGAUGCCGCAAGUGUCUCAGAGCCUCCUUCUCCUGCCGGUCCUUACACUUCAGAAGGCUGUGGAGCGCUGCCUCUUCCUUUGGGAUCUUGUGGAGAAGGCUCUGAAGUGGUCGGCAAAGAGAAUAGCUCCCCAGAGAGUAAAAACUGGUUAUUGGCCAUGGCAGCCAAACGGAAGGCUGAGAACUCGUCUCCACGAAGUCCCUCGUCCCAGACCCCCACCUCCAGGCGACAGAGUGGAAAGACGUCCCCAGGCCCGGUCACCAUUACUCCCAGCUCCAUGCGGAAAAUCUGUACAUACUUCCAUAGAAAGUCCCAAGAUGACUACUGUAGUCCAGAACAGUCAACAGAAUUGUAGAUUCUAAGCUGAGUGAGUUAACUGAACUUGGCCCAUUAAAACAAGAUAAAAAAUACAGCAGAGUGACUCCGUAACCCUGGUUUUUAAGAAAACUACCAUUUUUUCAUUUUUAGAGACAAUCUUUUCAGCUUCACCUGUUCUGGUUCUCCUCUCUUGGUAUGGGCGCAGCUUCCUCAGGAUGAAGGCUGUGUUCAAAUUUCAUGAAGUAAGUUGGUCACUUUGUAACGUUUUGAAUGAGUAGUCUUUGCUUUUUAAAUGAUGCGUCUUCUGUAUGAUAAUGAUACAGCUCAUAGAGGCAAAAAACAAAACUUGUCUCUGUUCCUCUGCCACCCUGUGCCGCGUGGACAGUAUGUGCGGGCACAGCAGAGGCCUGUCUGUGAAGGCCCGCUGCUCAAGAGGCCCUCCAACAGAUACAAUUUCACUGAAAACGCGUAGGAUCUUUUCACUACAUUUUGGGGGGUUUCUUUAAGUGUGUGGUAAAAUGUGAUUUUUAGAUAACUACAUUUAUAUUGAUUCAGUGUUAACAUACAGUCUCUUAAGUUGAAAUCGUCUUUAUUUUAAAAGCAAAGAUGAAUAGCAACUUAUUGAAGAAACUAAGAGAACAGCCCUAGAAACCUUUGUCUUUUUGCCCCUGUAUGCGUAUGUCUGUGAGAGAUCUGCGGUCCCUGUAUUUUACCAAGCAGUCCACUGUGUUACCAACCGAGCAUCAUGCUCUGGAAGAGGAUGUGGCUUCUUUGCCACUUACUGAAGGAAGAAGUUUAUAAAGGCCGUAGUCACACACUGAAGCUGGGGUUGUAGCCAGUCCUCAGUUCUCCAGGGGCUGCUGCUUUUUAAAAAUAAGUCAUCGGAUUUUAAGAAAAAGUAAUGGAUUCUUAUGGAUAUUUUUAUAAAAGUAGAUAAUUUCGAACUGAAAAUCCAGAACCUAAACAAUAAAUCGUGGCCUUAACAGUUGAUUUUUUUAAAUCCUUUUCGUAUACUAAAAAGCAGUGACCUCGUAGAGCCAUGAGCUAAAACGUCAUGGAAUUUUCUCUAGAUAUUUAAUGUAGGGAGUGUAUAAGCUGACUCUAAGUUAAUCAUGUGCAAAUAUCUUAAAUAUCCCUUACCUUAACAGUUACGUAUCGAUCGGCUUGAAAUGAACCGUUGUUUUACGUUUUAGCCUUUUGUAACCUCAUAGAAACAAGCUCUGUGUAUUUUCUGUGUACCAUAUCCUUGAGAGGUAAUCAGUCCCCUUCCAAUCAUGAAACUUGAUAAAUUUUAUCCGUAUUUCUGAGGACUGUGUAGACUUCAUUCGUAUUUUUAUCAUCAUUUUAAAAUCUACUCUUAAUGGUAACUCUUUAAUUCCUUUGAUUCUUCUAAAGUAAGCAUAACAUCCAGAACUGCAUAGGUCAUGGGUUCUCCUGGUGUUUAUCCAAGGGGAAAGACAAAGGGGAGCCACAGAAAUGCUGUUUUUGAAACAAAGUAUGCCAUUUCUAGCAUUAUCUUUAUGUUUAGGAACUCGACUUACAUUUAAUAUUUGAUUUUUUGAGUGUGUGACUAUGGGAAGGUAUUAUUUAUGACUGACACCCGCCAAUAAUGCUCUCUCUCUCUCUCAACGUGAAAGCCAUUGGAGAAAAAGGUCCAUGAAAAAAAAAAAAAAAAACUAGACAAUUUUCUUCUAUGUAUCCCUGCUCAUCUCCUGACAGUUGUGCUGAGUGAAAUUGGGGACAAAUGUGGCUGUCAGAAACUGUGCUGAGAGUCUACUGGGAGUAACAUUCCCACUUGGAAAACUAGUACUUCAAAUGGGUGCCAAAGGUCAAAUGUAAUGAGAUAAUAAUUAUCCCUGCUUGUGUCAGUGUCAGACUUCGAGCUGCUCCUGAAUAAUAAAGCCUUUUACCUUA